AUGGCCUCUAUUCGUUCUCUUUCAAGCCGUAUUUCUCGUUUUGCACUCUUUGAGUGUACAGCUGACUUAUCCCAUCUUAGUUCUCACGAACACGCUGCUUUAAAACACCUCGUCAAGGCAGGAAAGUAUAUUGACCAACUUUACAUGAGACAGGCUUGGUCUGGUAAUGAAGAACUCCGUAAAAAGCUUCAUUCUGAAGGUAACAAGGAACUGUGCACCUUGUUUGAAAUGUACAAAGGUCCUUGGGCUCGCGAAGAUGAUAAUGUUGCCUUUGUCGAAGGCGUGCCUACUCGUCCUGAAGGCGGUAAUUACUACCCUGAAGACAUGACUAAGAAGGAAUUUGAAGCAUGGGUUGAGACAUUAUCACCUGAAGAACAAAAGAAAGCCAAAAGUUACUACACCAUUAUCAAAAGAAACAACCAAGGGCAGUUGGAAACUCAGAGUUACACCGAAGCUUAUGCUGAUUUGUUACAACCUGCUGCUGCUCAUUUCCGUGACGCCGCUCAUGAACUCAAGCAAGUUGAAUACAGCCAACAGGAAUUAAAGGGCACCCGUCUGGAUGAAUUCUUGAUCUCCCGUGCAAAUGCUUUUGAUUCCAAUGAAUACCUGGAUUCUGAAUUGGAUUGGCUUCGUCUUGGUAAAUUCAACAAUUUGGAAGUGACUGUAGGUCCCUAUGAGAACUACACAGACUGUUUGUUUACAUUGAGAAGUGCUUAUGAGUUCUACAUUCAUGUGCGUGAUCAACACUCUUCUCAGCUAUUGGAAAAGUUUUCCGAUCUUCAAUUUGUGGAAGAUCGUUUGCCUAUCCCUGAAAAAUACCGUAAUGACAAGUUAGUUGCUGCUCCUAUUGUAGUUGUAAACCAACUUUAUGCUGCUGGUGAUGUUGCUGUCCCUAUGACAGCUGCUUAUAAUUUACCAAACGACGAAGAAGCUAUUAAGCGAGGUGGUUCUAAAUUAGUCCUGAUCAAGAAUGUUCAAGAAGGCAAAUUCCAACAUGUCUUGACACCCAUUGCUCAACAAGUGUUGGCCAAGGAUCAAUUAGAGCACUUGUCCAAGGGCGCCUUUACGACUCACGUCUUACUCCACGAAGUCUGCCACAGCAAUGGUCCUCACCAUACGCUUACAGGUGAUACUGUUCGUUCUAAACUUCAAGAACAUCAUUCUGCCCUUGAAGAAGCCAAAGCUGAUAUUGCUGCCUUGUUUGCUGCUGACAUGAUGGUGGAUCAUGGCACUAUUGAUGAUGUGACACAGAAGCAAUUCUGGGUGACUUUCUUAGCCUCUGCUUUCCGUUCCAUUCGAUUUGGUAUUCAAGAAGCUCAUGGUUUAGGCCAGGCCAUUCAAUUAAACUAUUUGGUUCAAAAAGGUGGUUUCAAAUGCGACCCUACGACACGUUUAUUCAGUGUUGAUUUUGACAAGAUUCGUUCUGCUGUGUCUGAUUUGACACACGAUAUUUUAGUGCUCCAAGGAGAUGGUGACAAGAAGGCUGUGGAUACGUUUGUAAGCAAGUACGGUGUGAUUGAUAGCCAUACAAGAGCUGCUUUAGACCGUAUUGACCAUGCUGGUAUUCCUGUUGAUAUUCGUCCUCAUUACCCUCUUGCUCAAUAA